CUGCAUCAGCCAUGAUUUUGAUUGGCAUGCCACUGGCACGAAAGCUCGGGCAGUCAAACUACCAUCCCUCUGCAUUCGCAAAGUGGGUUGACCGUAGACUAAGCGAUCAGUUGACCCACUAGGGCUGUACUUGAUACUGACCUGCGAUCCCGUGCAUUGACCGCACAACACCUAGUACAAACCAUCUGGUCGCCUCGUCAGCGCGGAAUCACGUCUGUCGUACGUAGACCCUCUGUUCCCUAGCCUCGGGGAGAUAUAUCUAGCCAGUGUAAAGUACUGGGUUGUUGCUAGUAGUCGACUCAGGCUGCGGGUCUGCCGCGAUGACUUCGAAGCCACCACUACACCUCGUCCUUGCUCAUCACACAUGCAUUGCUGGACAACCUAUUCGAGGCGCGGUUGCGCUGAACCUUCGUUCUGUGCGAGAUGACCCGUUGGAUGAAGUGCGCGUGGACUUGAGAGGGAUCAUGCACAUCUCCUAUUCACGCCGUCACGGCUGUGGGAAGGAGGACAUUCUCCUUGUCUACGAGAGCAAGUCCCUCUGGAAACGAGAGCGCUACCCUCCGGCUGGAACCCACUUUCUCCGGAUCCCCUUCAACUUAGAACUACCUGCCGAUGUACCACCCUCGUGCUACGUCUCAACUGGCGGCACCGUUGUUCGGGUCGACUACAAGGUCGAGGCUAUCGGCGUACGGAGUAGCAUGCUCCGACUGCACGAGAAGGUCGAUUGUUCGUUCAAGGUCGUCACGUCUGAUGCCGUAGGCGCGCCACUCCGGGCAAAGCUAAAGGGUGGUUGGCAAGGCCCGUGGGCCACAAAGACAGCCAGACGACGUAUUCGCAAGGGGCUAUGGGGUGCCCACGCGGAUGUUCAGUUGGAAUUCACAUAUCCUGCCAUCCCUGUACUACCGCUAUCUUCCGCUAUCCCAUUUGCUCUGUCUAUCGCCACUGUCAGUCGGCCCCUGCCACGUACCUACGACAGGCGGAUCUGGCCCAGUCCGCCAUUCAAACCGCACGAAGUGAAACUCACCCUGAGGCAAAGUGUUCGCGUCAAAUCGCGGACGUUCGACCGGACGUAUAUAUUGCCGCUCUCCUCACUGUGGGGUUCUGUCGACAUCGAGCGCUUCCCAGAUGAGUGGUACCCCAUCGACGACUUGGGCGUGAAGGGUCGGUGGAAGCAGGAGUCCGUCUUCACCUCAGUGUUCCGCCUGCGAUGUCCUUCUGCGUUCAGAUUCUCACGUCUUGGGCAUGAAGUUGAGAUACAGUAUUUGGUACACAUCCGGGUGAAGUUCGACCGGUUCCACAAGAUGAGCACAACAAUACCCAUUAACGUUGCAUCUGGUAUGAGCAUCUAGUGCAUUGACCCUUCACAUACUGUCUGUCCUUAGGUUUCGCUUUUGCCGCACGGACCAUCUGUUGUGACCUCAUUGUCAAUCAU